AUGCACAAAGUAUCAGGUACUAAAUUAUCGUAUUUAGUGGUUUUGUCGGAUGGCGAUAUUGGUGGAUUUGCAGGACAGACGACUGUGUAUGUUGAUUCCACCCAUUACAUAACCGUGCAUCUGACAGUUACAGACACUACCAAGCAAUUCAAGCCAGGAUACUACAUCACAUUUAUAGAAGAUGAUACCACCACCACAACAGAGACUACUUCCACAUUGACCAAUACGCAUACUGAGAUACAUAUCACCUAUACCGUUGAAGAGGAAAUAUCGACUAUUACUGAAUUACAAGCAACUGCAAUCACCAAUACAAAUACUAAUAUCAUCCAAGUGCCUUGUCCAACAUCGACUACCAUUACAGAGCAUCCAACCAUAUACAUUACUGCUUAUGAAACGGUUACUUUGAAUGUCACUGAGACAGAGCAUACCGGUAGCAUUGAUAGUUCUGAGUCAGACUCACAAUCUUCUUCAAACUCAAACUCGCUAUUGCCAGAGCCAUCAAAGUUGAAACCAAGCUCAUCGUCAUCUAGGGAACCCGGCUAA